AUGCAAGAAGCCAAAACUCCGGAGGCAGUGAUUCAUGCGCUUAGAACCAACCCAGCGCCAGUAAUCAUCAUCAUAACAGACCAAGCGUUGACUUUGAAAGAACACGCUCACGUCUGGAACUCCAUCCUCACUUCCGUCCGCCAAGGCAGCACAGCCGUUAUCACGGGGUCGUUCUCCUCUUUCGCACGACCAAACGAUCUCAAGUCUUUCUUUUCCAAGGCGGGAUUACCAUGGGAAUCUGGUACUUAUCAGCGCACGACUGUGGUGUUGAAUUCUGAGGCAACUGGUACAGAUCUAGCGAAACACCUGCCGAAGAAGUACAGCCAGAAGGCUUUGUUCCUGAAGAAUGUCGCUCCAUCGGAGUCCUGGUACUUGACGAAUGCCGACUCGGUCCUUGAAUCACACGUUUUCGCUCCGCAGAGUGCGUAUACCCCGGGUGAAUCGCCGAUUGUACUGGGCCGUGUUGGAGAGGGAAGACUUGGUUAUGUGGGAGAUGUCAAUGGUGAAGAUGCAACCCAGGUGGCUGUCGUUGCUAUGUGCGGGUUCUUGGCUUAA